UGUAAUAUUUGAUCAAUGAACAGUGUAAACAGAAAUGAACGGAUGCCCAAUUUUUUCAUUAUACAUAUUUUUUUGUUUUCCGUUUUACAGGAGUGUAUGAACUUGUUUGAUCGCGUGCGGACUGAAAAGAAAUUAUUUUGACUAGGAACGCAUAAUUAAAAUAGAAACGUAACGCAAUGUAGUAAUUUUCGUGUUAAAAUAUUUGUUUGGUCAAAUUACUAUUCAAAAGAAGUAAAACAAAUUUAUUCACUGCUUCCUUUGAUUUUUAUUUUAGAGAAAUAAGUACAUACAAAUAAAAUUUCAUAACUGUUGAGCAAAAACAAUUUUUAAAAUUAAAACGUUGACAGUUCAAACUUUACUUGAUUUCAGAAACAAUAUACGAUAGAAUAAAAACAGACUGAUUUUGAAGCAAAAAGUAUAAAAAGUAGCAAUUAAAGCAGAGAAUAAUAAAAUAAACCUUGAUCUGAUAAGCCCUGGAUAUCACAAUGAGAAUUUAUAGGACUAGCAAGUGAAUAAAAAAAUUAACUUUUUCAAAAUUUCGAGCCCAUACAGGGAUGUUUAAGCAAUAAAAAAGUGAAUUCUUAAUGGGAAGUAGGAUAUUAGACUAUGUAGUGCUAUCAUGUUUGUGCUUCCAUGUAGUUAUUGCGGAGUUCAAGGGGACAAACAGGGCCGAGGAACAAGAAUCCUACAUCGUUCAAAAAGUGUGGAAAAAUCGACGAUUGCUAGAAACGAGCACCAUCUCAAAUACAUCUCAGGAUGGCUCAUCGACCCCGAGCGAAACAUCAACUGCGGACAUACCUACAACAACAUACAUUAUAUCAACGACAGAAACAGCAACAACUACAAGCCUGACAUCAACAGUAGACAAACCAAUAACAACAGACAUAAUAUCGACUACAGACAGAGUUACCAUAACAGAGAUUGGAUCAACAGAAGUAAAAUCAACCAGUGGCUCAUCAACGACAACAGAUUUACAGACAACACCACCUGUGAUGUACACAACAACACCACAGUUUGUGUAUAGCAAUCCAACUCAAUCAGCUACAUUAAUAUCAUCUAUAACGUCUGAAAUUACAACUAUAGAGACACCGUUAACAAAAACAUCAACAUCCGAAGCUACAGAUAGUGCAACAACUCCCAUUUCUUCACCAGCAGUUUCAACUACAGAUACUAUUAGCUCUAACAGCGAGUCGACAACAGCUCCAGCAGCAUCAACCACUGAGGAGGCUACCACGAUAUCUUCAACUACUGAAACAACGACGAGAAUUACUUCUGAGAAACCAACAUCUCAACCGAGUACCUCCUCGUCUACGCAGGAACUAACAACAAGCGAUGGUUCAACUACUGAAGUGUCGACAAAUGCUGCAUCGACACUUUCGACGUCAGCGACUCUUACUACAGAGGCAACGAGUUCCACAACAACCUCUGAUAUAACGACAGAAGUCACAACCACAUCGGCCACAACCACUGAUAUAACGACAGAAGGGACAACCACACCGGCCACAACCACUGCCACUGUUUCAGGUACUGGGGCUGGAAGCCCUACCAGUGAGUUGUCAACAACUAAAGCAGCAUCAACAACUGAGGAAUCUACCACAAUACCUUCAACUACUGAAACAACGACUGGAAUUACUCCUGAGGAACCAACAUCUCAACCGGGUAUCUCCUCGUCAACGCAGGAACCAACAACAAGCGAUGGUUCAACUACUGAACCGUCGACAAGUGGUGCAUCGACACUUUCGACGUCAGCGACUCUUACUACAGAGCCAACGAGUUCCACAACAACCUCUGAUAUAACGACAGAAAAGGGACCACCACACCGGCCACAACAACUGCAACUGUUUCAAGUACAGCUACUGGAAGCCCUACCAGUGAGUUGUCCACAACUAAAGCAGCAUCAACCACUGAGGAAUCUACCACAAUACCUUCAACUACUGAAACAACGACUGGAAUUACUUCCUGAGGAACCAACAUCCAACCGAGUACCUCCUCUCAACGCAGGAACAACAACAAGCGAUGGUUCAACUACUGAAGCCGUCGACAAGUGGUGCAUCGACACUUUCGACGUCAGCGACUCUUACUACAGAGCCAACGACUUCAACAACAACCUCAGAUAUAACGACAGAAGAACCAACAUCCAACCGAGUACCUCCUCGUCAACGCAGGAACCAACAACAAGCGAUGUUCAACUACGAACCGUCGACAAGUGGCAUCGACACUUUCGACGUCAGCGACUCUUACUACAGAGCAACGAGUUCCACAACAACUCUGAUAUAACGACAGAAGUCACAACCACACGCAACAACCAUGAUAUAACACAGAAGGGACCACCACACCGGCCACAACCACUGCAACUGUUUCAAGUACGCUCUGGAAGCCCUACCAGAACCAACAUCCAACCGAGUACCUCCUCUCAACGCAGGAACCAACAACAAGCGAUGGUUCAACUACUGAACGUCGACAAGUGGUGCAUCGACACUUUCGACGUCAGCGACUCUUACUACAGAGCCAACGAGUUCCACAACAACUCUGAUAUAACGACAGAAGUCACAACCUUCGCAACAACCACUGAUAUAACGACAGAAGGCAACCACACCGCCACAACCACUGCAACUGUUUUCAGUACUGCUACUGGAAGCCCAACCAGUGAGUCGUCCACAACUAUAGCAGCAUCAACCACUGAGGAAUCUACCACAAUACCUUCAACUACUGAAACAACGACGGGAAUUACUUCUGAGGAACCAAGAUCUCAACCGAGUACCUCCUCGUCAACGCAGGAACUACCAACAAGCGAUGAUUCAACUACUGAAGCGUCGACAAAUGCUGCAUCAACACUUUCGACGUCAGCGACUCUCACUACAGAGCCAACGAGUUCCACAACAACCUCUGAUAUAACGACAGAAGUCACAACCACAUCGGCCACAACCACUGAUAUAACGACAGAAGGGAGAACCACACCGGCCACAACCACUGCAACUGUUUCAAGUAGUGCUGCUGGAAGCCCUACCAGUGAGUUGUCUACAACUAAAGCAGCAUCAACAACUGAGGAAUCUACCACAAUACCUUCAACUACUGAAACAACGACUGGAAUUACUCCUGAGGAAACAACAUCUCAACCGAGUAUCUCCUCGUCAACGCAGGAACCAACAACAAGCGAUGGUUCAACUACUGAACCGUCGACAAGUGGUGCAUCGACACUUUCGACGUCAGCGACUCUUACUACAGAGCCAACGACUUCUUCAACAACCUCUGAUAUAACGACAGAAGUCACAACCUCAUCGGCAACAACCACUGAUAUAACGACAGAAGGUAAAACAACACCGGCCACAACCACUGCAACUGUUUCAAGUACUGCUACUGGUAGCCCUACCAGUGAGAUGUCCAAAACUAAAGCAGAAUCAACCACUGAAGAAUCUACCACAAUACCUUCAACUACUGAAACAACGACUGGAAUUACUCCUGAGGAACCAACAUCCCAACCGAGUACCUCCUCGUCAACGCAGGAACGAACAACAAGCAAUGGUUCAACUACUGAACCGUCGACAAGUGGUGCUUCGACACUUUCGACGUCAGCGAGUCUUACUACAGAGCCAAUGACUUCCACAACAACCUCUGAUAUAACGACAGAAGUCACAACCACAGCCGCAACAACCACUGAUAUAACGACAGAAGGGAAAACCACACCGGCCACAACCACUGCAACUGUUUUAAGUACUGCUACUGGAAGCCCUACCAGUGUGUUGUCCACAACUAAGGCAGCAUCAACCACUGAGGAAUCUCCCACAAUAAAUUCAACUACUGAAACAACGAUUGGAAUUACACCUGAGGAACCAAUAUCCCAACCGAGUACCUCCUCCUCAGCGCAGGAACCAACAACAAGCGAUGGUUCAACAACUGAACCGUCGACAAGUGGUGGAUCGACACUUUCGACGUCAGCGACUCUUACUACAGAGGCAACGAAUUCCGCAACAACCUCCAUAUCCGCAACAACCACUCAUAUAACGACAGAAGGGACAACCACACCGGCCACAACCACUGCAACUGUUUCAAGUACUGCUACUGGAAGCUCAACCAGUGAGUUGUCCACAACUAUAGCAGCAUCAACCACUGAGGAAUCUACCACAAUACCCUCAACUACUGAAACAACGACGGGAAUUACUUCUGAGGAACCAAGAUCUCAACCGAGUACCCCUCGUCAACGCAGGAACUACAACAAGCGAUGUUCAACUACUGAAGUUCGACAAAUGCUGCAUCAACACUUUCGACGUCAGCGACUCUACUACAGAGCAACGUUCACAACAACCUCUGAUAUAACGACAGAAGUCACAACCCCAUCGGCCACAACCACUGAUAUAACGACAGAAGGAACCACCACACCGGCCACAACCACUGCCACUGUUUCAAGUAUGCUGCUGGAAGCCCUACCAUGGUGCAUCGACACUUUCGACGUCAGCGACUCUUACUACAGAGCCAAGAGUUCCACAACAAGCUCUGAUAUAACGACAGAAGUCACAACCAUUUCCGCAACAACCACUGAUAUAACGACAGAAGGGACAACCACACCGGCCACAACCACUGCAACUAUUUUCAGUACUGCUACUGGAAGCCCAACCAGUGAGUCGUCCACAACUAUAGCAGCAUCAACCACUGAGGAAUCUACCACAAUACCUUCAACUACUGAAACAACGACGAAUUACUCUAGAACCAAAUCCAACCGAGUACCUCCUCGUCAACGCAGGAACACAACAAGCGAUGUUCAACACUGA